AUGAUGGAGGAAUUUGCGUCGCAAGAAGAGCCAGUUCCUCGUGGCAGCUUGGAGUUCACUGAAAGCUCAAUUCUGGACACAAUCAUCCCGUUGGCUAGUGAUUUGAAUAUAGAGGAGGCUUUGAGCGGGAGUGUGGAAAAGCUCGAUGAGGGCCAUAGUUCUCCACUAGCUGCCAUUCCUCAAAGACACGCUCUCUAUUUUGCUCACGUUAUAAAUGCGAAUACCGAGCAUCAAGAUGGCUCGGCGGGACGUGAGCUUAUUUACAAGGGUUCUGUACAAGAUACCGACGAGCCAUUGAUAGUUGUACAAGGCUCAGAUGAGGCUGAUGAUGCCAAUAAUGAUGGUCAUAUACUUUUGAUAUGGAAACUUUCUGCAUUUCUCGGUAGACCACGGCUACGCCUGCAGAGCCCUUCUGUAGUAUUUGUGGCCACGGCAAAUCUCAAAGCAGCCGAGCAAGUCGAUACAGAUGCAUUGCGCCAGGAAUAUCUCCCAAGUCAGGUUCCAUCAGGCUUGAAUCUCCUUGAAGCUUUCAGUGGCGAUGCAUAUCUCAAAGGUAUCAAACCACGAUUGUCUGCAUUACGAGUCGCCAGAGUCGCACCAGCAGCGCAAAUCGCUCGCGACUUAGCUCGACCUUUUAAGAAUAUCUCACGGCAGUCAAUUAAAGUAUACCCAGCUAUCAAUUCCCGCGUCCGAUAUUCGAGGCCAGAUGGUACACCCAGCAAUACUUCAGUAAUAGCGUCGCUAGAUAUUGAUAUUACCCCUUUUGUAAAUUGUGACAUUGUCCUCACAGAUAUCCAAAUAAAGGUGUGCGGCGGACAAGUGCAAGAUUUAAAUCAAACUCCCGGCCUAAUACUCCCAAUUACUUGUCAGCCGCAAGAUGAUAUUACCUUCCUCUAUCAAAUAUUACCUGAUGACAUUGACGUUACUAAUAAGUCUCAAAUUCGAGCCAUCGAUAUUUCCAUCACUGCCACAGCAAAUGUCAGUAGUGUCUGUAAACCACAGAUCAUGAUGCAAUGGUCUGCAUCCCUCGAUUUUACACCUCCUAUUAAUAACGGCUUUGGUCAACCUACGAAACCUAUUCAACGACCUCAUAGACCCUCUGCACUGUCUAUCGGCGCAACAUUUGAUAGUAUUCCAACAAUUUCAACCCUAACAGUCCCUCAUCCCGAUUCUCUUCCAACAAUAGAAGCGACCGCUCCGACACGUUCUCAUCAUCGACAUCAAAACUCUGUCCCAGAUUUUGGAGUUACCAUGACAUUCUCCUCCCCAUCUACGUCUUCAAUAUAUCCAGGUCACCCUUUCAUCUGGUCUAUCUUCAUAGUGAAUCGAUCCGAUCGACCUCGCAAACUUGCUCUCCUUGUCUUACCAAAAAGACGUCGAACUGAAGCUCGAAUAACACGGCCUCCUUCUGCUAGUCAUGGAAGCGCACGUCGAGAUCCAAAGGUUGCGGACGCUGUCCUCGAUGACAACAUAAUAUAUGCCAUGCAACGAAAUUCCGCCAUGGAAUCAAGCGAAGUUGUAUGCCUGAGUACAGAUACCCGUAUAGGACCACUUGCACCAUCAGCAUGCUACGAAGUUGAACUUAAAUUCAUGGCAUUGAAGGAAGGUAUUGUUGGGGUAGAAGCAGUAAGGGUAGUAGAUCUGGGAACACAAGAACAUGUAGAUAUCAAGGAUUUACCGACGAUCGUCGUUAAACCUGAGCCCAAGGAGUAA